UGACGGUGCUCACAGUCCUUAAACUUCCAAUUUCGAGACUCUUGCUGGGUGAUGGUGAAUCAAUUUCUACAGAUUCCCUGAUGACAAUGAAGUUUCCAUACCAAGAGCCUGCCUUUGUCACCUGCUGUCAUCAAACAAAUGCAGUAUAACUUCUUAAAAUACACUUAAACCUUUUAAACAAAUAUCCCAGCAUAUUCCUUGCCUUAUUGAUACCAUUCCACUGUACCAGCAAAUCCUCGAACAUUAUCUAUCUGCUCAACAUUUUACUUUUAGCUGCUUUAAACUUUGAAAAGCUCGCCCGAGAGUUUUUCUCACUUCAGAGAUCCUCCAUUCCCAGAUGAUGCGGACAGACAGCAAAGGCCGAAGCGCCUCACCUCACAGGAUAACCUAUAAGUCUGACUUCCAUGCCAUCAAAUGUUCAUUUGACACUGCCACUAGUCAACAACCAGGAACCAAAACUGUCUCUGCCCAGCACUCUGCUGUGCCCCCAACCAUGCUGCCAUCCAGUCUGUCAGAUCCCAUAAUUUCCCACACCAGCACCAUUGCCAGCACAGGCAGCAGAGGGAGAGUCCUCAGCACCAGGGGGACAAAGAUCAGAGACAACAUCUUCCUACAAAUGGACAACCAGCAGCUGAAAAAAGAUGGUGGUCCAGUGCAGAGUUCUGGCUCCACACCCCACCUUACUCCCCCCACUCUACAGCUCCAAACUUCUACUUUAUCUGUAUCCAGACGUUCAGUCAUCAGCUCCUCGUCCGUCCUGGGGACUGCGGCCAACAUUUCAUCUACAGAAUCUUCUCUGCAAGACAAAUCAUCCAGAUCAGAAGAGAUAGUGGAUAUUGACAGAGCUGCUCUGGCUCAGAAGUUCUCUGUAACGAGGAGGUUGUUUGAGACCAAGGUGAUGGAGGUUGGAGGUGGUGGAGGGCAGGUUUCAAAAAGUAUUGCUGGCAGCGGAAGCAUGGGGACAGCAGAUGGGAAAGGAGAAGAGGAAGAGAUGGAAAAAGAAGAAGACGAUAGUGGGAAAAGUAAUAACACAGAAGAUGAUAGCUUUGAUAAAGACAAAUCCAUAAACCCCCCCUUCAUAAAUAUUCCCUUGCCAAAGUCUACUGCACAGGCCUCGCUGACAACUCACCAUAAAUCUCCAGUAUCAGAUGGCCCUAGUGAAUCAUCCAACAGAUCUCCCUCCUAUCUUGACAAACAUGGUGAAACCAUGGGAGCACAAACAGAAGAAGAAAGGACAGCAAGCGCAUCCUGUGACCUCUUCUUGACCCCUGAGGUGCCACUGAGGGCAGAACUAGUUGACGUGAAGAACGGGUCAUCAGAAAGUGACGAGAAUGAAGAAGAAAAGGAGCAAAACGAGGAAAAACACUGUCUUAAGCAUGGGGGAAAGUACAGGGACAACGUUGCAGCAGAAACUGUGCAGCAGCUAGUUGAUGAUGUUUUUGAAGAGCACAGCAUGAAAACAUCUGGACCUUAUGUGUUGGAAAACGGAGUUGAACUGAGAACAGGAGAAGGUAGACCAGUUGUGCCCUCAGAGGAACACCAGAAGGAGUUAUCAGCCAGCAUGUCAUGGAAAAGGGAGACCAAGGAUGACAGCAAAGGUGGAAGAGACAAGUAUCAGCAGGUGAAUGAAGAAUGGGAGGGUGAGAGGGAGGGGCAGGACAGACAGUUCUUGGCUGAGAAGUCAACAGAAAAGACUGUUGCAGGAGUGGGAGAAAGUGCUCACAGGGCCGAGAGAGGCAUAAAGCAAGAGGAGGACGAUGACAAGCAAGUGAAGACAUACAGUCAAGACAAGGAAAGAACUGAGAAUGAAGAAGGUUCGACAUCUGAGCUGCAAGAGGAGGUCAAGCAUGAGGAGUGCAGAGAAGGCAGUGAUGGAAAAGAUGAUAAAGGAGGAGGCAAAGAGGACCAGACAGGAGCUGCAGUAAUCGCUGGGAUUGAGAACAAGGCUUUUGUGUAUGCACAGGAAUCCCACUCUCACCCAGAGCAUUUAAGACAGGAAUGGGAAAACUCUAAACAUGACAAUCGGCUCUUAUUGCAAUAUGAAGAAAUUCCUGGUUUGCCUGAAUUGGACGAUCAGGAGGAGGAGGAGGAUGUUGAGGAUGCAGCAGAGGACCAGCAGAAGAGAAAGGUCAGGUUCACCUCAGCACCCAUCAAGGUGUACAGCACUUAUUCGAAUGCAGAGUACGACAGACGCAAUGAAGACAUCGACCCGGUGUCCGCCUCAGCUGAGUUUGAGCUGGAGAAGAGAGUGGACAGGAUGGAUGUCUUUCCAGUGGACAUAGGGAAAGGAGAGGAGGGUCUAGGCAUUAGUAUAAUAGGAAUGGGUGUAGGAGCUGACCAGGGACUAGAAAAACUCGGAAUCUUCGUCAAGACCGUCACUGAAGGAGGAGCAACACAGAAGGAUGGAAGGAUUCAGGUAAAUGACCAGAUAGUGGAGGUGGAUGGGGUGAGUUUGGUUGGAGUCUCCCAGCUGUUUGCAGCCACAGUCCUCAAGAAUACGUCAGGCCUUGUCAAGUUUUUGAUUGGCAGAGAGAAGGAGGGAGUGGAGAGCGAGGUGGAACGACUGAUCAACGAAAGCCUGGAAAUGGAUAGAGCACCCAGAGAGAGAGGAAGAGCAAGCGGGGACGAGGAUAACGAUGGUAGCUUUUCGGAGAAGUCAGUGGAAGAGGAGGAAGAUGAAGAGGACGACGUGUCUGUUAUUUCCAGUCUGGACAAUUACCAGCUCUGCCUCAAAUACCAGCAGCUUCAGUCAAAACUACGAAGCAAAGCAGUCCAACUUCACCAUGCUAGAGAAAAGUUAAAGGCAUGGGAGGAGGAGCAAGUCCAUUGGGAGAGCCACAAGAUUGAGCUGGAGGAAAGAGUGGAGGAUGGAGAGGAGAAAGCUGAGAAACUAGAGAAGUAUUGGCAGGAGGCCCAGACACUGUGCAGGGUUGUGAGCCAGCGACUGGCUGAUGCCCAGAGCCAAUCAGAAAGCAUCGAGAUCAAAUACAGCAAAGCCAAGAGACUGAUCAGAGAAUACCACAACAGAGAGGAGGAAAGCGAGAAGAGAGAAGCAGAUUUGAGAGGAGAAAUGGUGGAGAGAGAGAAGCUACACAGAGAGACAGUUGAAAGACUGCAAAUCCAGAUAGCACAGCUAGAGGGAAAAGAGGCUGCACCUGAGAGAAAGAACCACUCUGUGGACACUUCAGUCACAGAUCCAGACUGGUCUAUUCCAGUUCCUGAUACGGGACUUCUAGACUCCAGCGCUCACAAAGCCAGAGCUCAGCUGGCGCAGAAAUCCAAGCGCCACCCGCCCUCUCGAGACAAACUCAGAGAGAGCUUCAGAAGACAGGAAUUUGAAGUUCAGAAACCACAGGAGAGCCAACCCCUGUCUGCUCCCACAGCGAUGCAAAGGGGCAGCAGAAGUGACGUGUCCAGUACCUCGUCUUUCUCAGCCCUCAGCCCUCAACCUCCCAACAUCUCCGUCUUCACUCCUCCCAUCUACAUCACUGACACGGUCACUCCCUCACCAUGCAAAUCCUCCGCAUCCAGAAAGUCCAAAAAGAAAUUUCCCGACUUCAGUGGCCUUCGCAAGUCUCUUAGCAAAAGGAGAAGUGAGAAACACUGCAAAAGGGCCAUGAACAACAGGGGUUCGUAUGGUGACCUGGUGGAUGAGCCCGCUGAAGUAUCUCCGUCAGGUUCAAUAACCUCCAUGCCUUCUUGCCUGCCCUUCCCCUGGUUUGGAGAGCGAGUGAGAGAAAAAGCAGUGGACAGUGAGAGAGGCAGGGAGAGACUUCGGUCUGUGUCCAGCAGCAGCUUACCGUACCUGACCACAACAGGUAGAAGAGACCAGACAUUGGACAAUGAACCAGUUCCCAGCAAUAACAACAACCAGUGGCAAAGCCGACCCGUAAUGGAGUGGGACAACCAGCAGGUGUGUCUGUGGUUAAUUGCCAUGAACAUGGACGAGUACGCGUCUGAGUUCGCUGCCAGAGGUGUGGAUGGGACACAGCUUCUCAACAUGGACAGUGAGAAACUCAAGGCUCUGGGGGUGUGCAAUCAAAGCGACCGGUCUGCCCUCAAGAGGAAGCUGAAGGAGAUAAAGAAAAGCGAGGAAAAAGGACAGAGGAAAGGAGAGAAGAGGCUGGAAGAGAAGAACCCAGUUUUGGAUCAGGAGGGUGAUGACAAAGAGAAAGCUAGGACGCUGAUGAUGGAGAAGUCUUUAAAAGAUGCCAGAGGCUGCAGAAAAAAUUUAAGAACUGAGUCCCUCUUAUAAAAGGAAAGAGAGGUGAUGUCGGAGAUACACCACCAGCAUGAGGGCGUGUUUGCAGCCUAACGUGCACAAUAGUACACUUAAACCAAUGUCUGUCUACUCAAUAGAAACCGCUAGAUGUACUGCACACAACCUCCAUUGUUCACAUCUUAAUAGCUGUCAUUUAUGAUGCACAACAUUGGUUGGUAUUAAUUGAUAGAAUGACCUUUGGAGCAGAGAUGUACUCCAGCACCAAAGUUCACACUUAAAUAUGUCUGUAAAGUGUGUGUGUGUGUGUGUGUGACAAACAACUGUUUUACAGUGAUGUUUAUUUUUUAUCAUGAACCUUAAAUUAUCCUGAGAAUGAUUUUAAUAUUUAAAGAUGUGCUGCUUUUACGCACUCAGGUAUUUGCUGUAAAUGCUUUUUUUAUGUAUUAAUAAAUAACUCUU